UCCCUUGGCGGCGAAGUACUUCACGACGGACCUGCCAUAGCAGCUGGGUGGUUCUGCUUCUGCUGUUCUCUUGUCGCUCAGUUCUGGACGUUUGUUGAGGAAUCGCGAUGCUCCGCACCGUGCUUAUCAGGGCCAUACCCCGAAUGGUCAGUCCGGCGGCCUGCCAGUACUCCGCUGCUGCGAUCCCUGCCCCGAGCGCCCAGCCUGACGUGCAUUUCAACAAGCUCUUCAUCAAUAACCAGUGGCAGGAUGCAGUCAGCAAGAAGACCUUCCCAACCAUCAACCCGGCCACUGGGGAGGUCAUCUGCCAGGUCGCCGAGGGAGACAAGGCAGACGUGGACAAGGCAGUGAAGGCUGCCAAGGAUGCCUUUAAGCUGGGAUCACCAUGGCGACGCAUGGAUGCUUCUGACAGGGGACUGCUCCUCAGCCGAUUGGCUGACCGCAUAGAGAGGGAUGCAGCCUAUCUGGCGGAGCUGGAGACCCUGGACAAUGGGAAACCGUAUGCAGUUGCCUACAGUGUAGACAUACCGAUGGUCGUUAAGUUCCUCAGGUAUUACGCUGGAUGGGCAGACAAGUGGGAGGGAAAAACCAUCCCGAUCGACGGCGACUUCUUCUGCUACACCCGACACGAGCCCAUCGGCGUGUGCGGCCAGAUCAUCCCGUGGAACUUCCCCCUGCUGAUGCAGGCCUGGAAGCUGGGCCCCGCCCUCGCCACAGGGAACACGGUGGUGAUGAAGGUGGCGGAGCAGACGCCUCUCACUGCGCUGUACGUGGCCAACCUCAUCAAGGAGGUGGGCUUCCCGGCCGGGGUGGUGAAUAUCAUCCCUGGAAUGGGCCCCUCUGCGGGGGCCGCCAUCGCCUCCCACAUGGACGUGGACAAGGUGGCCUUUACAGGGUCUACAGAGGUGGGCCAUCUGAUCCAGCAGGCGUCCGGCAGCAGCAACCUGAAGAAGGUAACCCUGGAGCUGGGGGGAAAGAGCCCCAACAUCAUCCUGUCCGACGCCAACAUGGAAGAGGCGGUGGAGCAGGCGCACUUUGCGCUCUUCUUUAACCAGGGCCAGUGCUGCUGCGCUGGCUCUCGCACGUUUGUGCAGGAGAGCAUCUACAAGGAGUUUGUGGAGCGCAGCGUGGAGAGGGCCAAGAGGAGGGUGGUGGGGGACCCCUUCAACCUCAGCACUGAGCAGGGGCCCCAGGUGGACGAGGAGCAGUUCCAGAAGAUCCUGGGCUACAUCAGCUCCGGGAAGCGGGAGGGCGCCAAGCUGAUGUGCGGGGGAGGGGUGGCGGCCGACCGCGGGUACUUCAUUCAGCCCACCAUCUUCGGAGACGUCCAGGACAACAUGACCAUCGCCCGCGAGGAGAUCUUCGGGCCGGUGAUGCAGAUCCUGAAGUUUAAGGACCUGGAGGAGGUGGUGGAGAGAGCCAACGACACCAAGUAUGGCCUGGCAGCUGCCGUCUUCACCAAGGACAUCGACAAGGCGCACUACGUCUCCAGUGGGCUGCGUGCUGGCACUGUGUGGAUAAACUGCUAUGACGUGUUUGGAGCGCAGGCUCCCUUCGGGGGCUACAAGGCCUCUGGGAAUGGCCGGGAGGGGGGCCAAUACGGCCUGGACAACUACACCGAAGUCAAAACGGUGACGAUUAAGGUCCCCCAGAAGAACUCGUAAAAAGAAAAACCCCGUCGUGUCGUGUGGACAUGGAACGAAACGAAUAUGAACCCCACGGGCUGAGUAUGUAUGACAUGUAUGGCUUUACAAUGUAGACCUGCUUGUUUAGCUCAUACCCCCUAACUGCUGAAGUGACACGUUUUUCCCCCCUUUUCUGUGAAUCGGCACUUUUUUAAAAAAAUUUAACAAAAAAAUAAAAAGUGCCAAACUGGAGAUAUUUUUAUACAUUUUUGUUAACUUGCUGAUAGCGGCUCGUUUUCGCAGAUUUGAAUGGUGAAAUUGUAACGGGGGUGACUGCUGUAAGUACUUCAAAAAACAACUUUGAGUUCCCUUCCUGACGUUUAGUAAAUGUGUCGCAGCAAGCGCAAUUGGCAAAAGCACCGAAAUGUAUUUAACACAGAGAUAUUUUUCAUAGACAUUAUGUUCUUCCUUUACACAGACUGACACACUGAAGGCCAUUUAUUUUUGUAUUCAUUCAUGCCUAAAUUGUACUCCUUUGUUACCUGCCUGGUCCGAUUUGUUUAAUAAAGGCAUCAAAUGUUGA